AAGACACUUGGUCACGUUACGUACAGCAGCGGCGCAGCCGGAUGUUACAGCUGGAGCUGACAGAAAGGGACCUUGCCGACGGACAGCUCAUUUGACGGGGUAAAGUUAAUCGUUAAGUUACAGGGAAAACGGAACAUGCCGCGGGGGGAAGAGAAGAACGGGACGUCCGUAUAUGUUAACAAUCCUCAUUUGGAUUCCAUGAAAGAUGACAUACUCUACCACUUUAACCUCGGAACGUCCACUCACGACUUACAAGCAAUGUUUGGAGAUGUCAAAUUUGUGUGUGUAGGGGGAAGUCCAUGGAGAAUGAAGUCUUUCACUGAAUACAUUGCAAAGGAGUUGGGGCUCGCAGACCCUAAUGCAGAGUACCCUAAUAUAUGCGAAGGGACCGAUCGCUAUGCCAUGUAUAAAGUUGGACCGCUGCUAUCUGUCAGUCAUGGCAUGGGCAUCCCGUCAAUCUCAAUAAUGUUGCAUGAGCUUAUUAAGCUUCUCUAUCAUGCUCGCUGCACUGAUGUUACAAUAGUGCGCAUCGGAACCUCUGGUGGAAUAGGUUUAAAGCCAGGCACUGUGGUGGUUACCAAGCAGUCAGUUGAUGCUAUGUUCAAGCCCCGCCUUGAGCAGAUCAUCCUGGGCAAACCAGUCGUCAGGAGCACAGAACUUGAUGGCAAACUUGCAGAGGACCUGCUCAAGUGUGGCGAUGACCUCGGAGAGUUUGAGACCGUCAUUGGUAACACGAUGUGCACGCUAGACUUUUACGAAGGUCAGGCUCGGCUGGAUGGGGCCUUCUGCUCAUACACUGAGGAGGAUAAACAGAGCUAUCUUGCUGAAGCUUAUGCUGCUGGGGUUCGUAACAUUGAGAUGGAGUCAUCGGUCUUUGCGGCCAUGUGCAAACUGAGUAAUCUUCGUGCGGCUGUUGUGUGCGUGACACUGCUGGACAGGCAGAAAGGAGACCAGCUCACCAGCUCUCAUGAUGUCCUGAAUAACUACCAGCAGCGGCCUCAGAUGCUGGUAAAACAUUACAUCAAAAAGAAGCUGAAUGCCUCCAAGAAAAGCUAGUUUUGUGCUAGCUAGAACAAUAACAGGCAGGUUUCCGUGCAGACAUCGGAAACGGUCCUCGGCUGAAGAUAGGAAACAGUUUUAGGAAAAUACUGCAGUUUUGUUUAGGAAGAUCCUUAAUAUAUGAAAACCAGAUCAAGUCGACUGGUUUGUUGAAAUCUGACCAAACCAACAGAAAUACCUUUAAUCUUUUUCUACGGUUUAUUAUUUAAGUCACUAAUAUGCUGUACUCAUGCACACUCCUGCUUUGAAUAAUAGAUUAAUUGGUUUGAAAUUACAUUAGCCAAAUUGUAUUCUAUACUGUCUUAAAUUUAUUGUUAUUGUUUUAAAAUACUGCUGUCUUCAAAGUACUCCUGAUAUAGCAGUUAUUUACAAAGGGAAAUGUGAGAUUACUGUGCAGUUUUUAACUUUAAGCACUAGUUACAUUAUGGUCUAUCACUUAGUUGGUCUUGCCUCAUUUUGUUUGUUACAACAGUUUGUAAAGUUGUACUGUAAAAUCACCAAUGUCUUAAUUUUUUCCAUUACAAUUUGCAAAAUGUCAUUAUGCAAAGUUUUGUUUUAUUCCCAUGACUGAAUGUUUAUAUAACAUUGCAACAUUAAGAGAAAUAAACUUUAAGAGAUUUAUUGAA